AUGUACGACGACGAGUGGAACCGACUAACCCCCGAAGAACAGCACGAAAGGCGCAAGGAGCACGGAACAUGGCCCGCCAGAUUCCUCAAAGCCCUCCGGUUCAAAUUACACAAGAAGCAGUCCCCGGAGCAGAGAAUGGGUGCCACCGGCGAGCUCACCCGCCGCCGCCGUAUCCAGCUUCACUUCCUAUAUGUCCGGUACCGUUGUAAAGACAUGCUGCCCCGUGAGUUUUGGAACUUGCCGGCCAACUCGCCGAGCAGAAUGACGAAAGCCCGGCUUCUGCUUGUCAUCAGCCUGGUCUUCCAUCCGGAUGUCAGCGCUCAGAUUGCUUCCAACAUUGAAGAAUUCGAUGAAAUUGCAGGUAUCGAGUGUACGGACGCGUUCAUUGGCGAGACUAAGUUGCGGGAUUGGUUGAAGUACCUGCUUGACUACACCCUGUCAGGGUUGGCUGGCGCAGGUUGUCCCUUUCUCAGAUAUGAUAAAGCAGCGUGGUCUAGUACUGACGAUGAGGGCAAUCCUAAGAACCUACACCCGGGACCUAAUCCGGGCUUUCUCGAGUUUAUCAGGCCAAUCGAUAUUGAGCAGAUAAACUUGAAAGGCAAAAACGUUCUUGAGGCAUGGAGGAGUCAUCCAGUCACACGAUCUCUGAGCCGCCUCAAAGACGGGCAGGAUGAGUUGCGACACGACCCGGCUAACUUGGGGCAAACAUGGACGCCCGCAACACCAGGCACCAACUGCGUAUACACCAGUACAAACGAGCAUUUCCUACGCGAGACAUUCCACCGACCUUUCAUUCCCUUGAACAGAGAAAUCGAAGAAAACCAGAUGACGCCCAGAUUCGUCGGCGGUGCUGUCACCAGAUUCUGCCCUCUCCGAGAGUACCUCUGGACAGCUUUCCGAACGCACAUGAUAUCUCUAAAACCACCAGUAGAAGAGCUCCCGCACCUCAGAGCCUCGUGGACCGCCCGAGAUCGAAAACUCUACCGAGGGGUGCUGCUGACCCAGUACAACAGCAUUCAGCCUGCGCCGGCGGAGCUGUCCCACUACUUUGUCCCCGAGGGCCAGGAGACAACCUGGGGGGACUUGUCGCUUAACCAUUGGGUCGUAAAUGCAAAGGCUUGGGAUCAUUAUAACCAGAUACACGGCCAAGGCCAUCGCGAGUGGCCUCAUGUGGUUCAUUUCCAAACAGUCCAAAAGCGCUUAGCCCGCGUCGUCAUUACGGUCAAGAUUGUGCCUGCUGCGAAGCAGGCCUCCUCUUCGAGAGGGGAGUCAUCGAUCAAGAAACCGCCCUAUGAAGACGACGAAGACGACGAUGGCGACCAACCCAGGGGCACCAAGAAGAAUAAGUUCAAGACGCUGCGAGGCCUCAAGCAGGAUGCUUCAGAAUCCGAAAUUCGACUUCGGCAAGAGGCCCAAGGCAUGGUCCAACCAAUCCACGGACUAAUGACUUCGCUGCGGCUUUCCAUACACAACUCGAGGGUAUUCGGUCAGGUGUAA